AUGCCCAGUGGCCAGUGGGCCAAUGCCCAGGGGUGGUCAGAGGAGGCAGGAAGGCCAUGGGUGGCACCAUUGGUACAGGACAACCCGGGGCUACCCCUGCAUGGUCCGGAGGGGAAAGAGGUGGCAGCACUAGUGCAGGACCUGGCGCCUGCCACCUGUGGACCCCCAGCCAAUAGCCUCCUGACACCGAGGCAGACAUCUGGCCCUGCCCCAUCCAGCCCAGAGCUGGGCUUUCAGGAUGCCAAGGUGGAAGGCUCCAGUCUGCUAAGGAAAGGGACCCAGGCAGCAAAAGUUGUUGUCCCUGUGUCAGUGCCUGCAGGAGCUGUGAUGUGGAGCCAGAUGGGGAACCAGUUCAUGUGUCCCACGGUGGGGAGUAUGCGGUUCAAGCGGCCACAGAUUCACAAGAAGAACCGGAAAAGCAAGGAAUCAGGUGCCAGAGGGCAAUCAGUGACCCACACUGGCCCCCCCAUUGUGGUCACCCUGGCCAACACAGCUGUCACCUUCAUCUGCAGCAUCACCUACCCAUACACCUCGAAAUUCAAGGACUUCACAGUCAGCUACUAUCACAUAGACCUUCAGGGCCAGAGGAGCGCUGAGGAGCAGACUGCCUGCCGGUCCCAGCCAGGCACAGAGAACCAGACCUACAUCUUGCAGUGCCAGGUCACGCCCAAGCUGCCGGACUCAUCCGCCACUGGCACCUACUACUGCUACGUCCACUGGCCAGACUACGAAGAGAGACACAGUGGCCCCUUCAUCCUGGUCAGAGACACAGGGUACCGAGAGCCCCCGCAGAUCCCCCGCAAGCCCCUGCUCAUUGGCUUCACCAGCCUCCUGUCUGUCCUGAGUGUCCUGGGCACAGCUCUGCUGUUCUGGAAGAAGAAACAGAUGCAGACUCCGGGAAAGCACAGCCCUGAGAAGCGCCCAGAUCCAAAGUCUGCCAGCAGCCCCAAGCAGCCUCCAGCAGAAUCUGUCUACACAGCCCUGCAGCGCCGGGAGACCGAGGUCUACGCCUGCAUCGAGAGCGAGGACACCAGCCCACCCUCCACCCGGAGCCCUUUCUCCCAGGAGAAUCCGCAUCGAUUUGAGGAUGACAGUGAAUUUAACCUGGUCUAUGAAAAUCUCUAGGACGAGC